AUGCUGUCACUCCUGGAGGUGCACUUCGGACUGCACCUUGCAGAAACAAACGCAGUGUCAAGACAUCUCUGUCAAGUAAGUAUCUGUCAAGUAAGUACAUCUCUAUGCCAAAAGGGUUUCUGUGUCAGGACUGUAUCGUCCAAAGGCUGCAUCGUUGUGGGGAACAUAUUGGCCUUCGAGCAACUGGAACAAAUGUGGAGAAUUUUCGGUGGAUGUUUGAACAAGCCGCCUUGCUUGAAUAAAACGAAUCGACCCUGUCCGGAUCGACCCUGUCCGGAUCGACCCUGUCCGGAUCGACUGGUUGAUAACUAUGGGCACCACAAGUACAUGAUCUCUUUGAGAAACCGGGGCUUCGUGCCCUACGCAUCGUUCAACCCUCUCGUGGACAGACCGCAUCAUAUGGUCAUUCCAACAGGAGACCGGGCGGUUGUUGGUUCUGCACGGCGUGUAGCAGGUCGGUUUGCGCCCGCGCAUAUGGCAGACGCCUUGUACGCAGCGGAUACCUUGUAUGCAUCGUCCCCUUUCGAAGGAGCUGGAAACAGCAGCCGAGCGGAGUUCUGGGAGCCUGAUCACUGUGUGGACCAGUCGUCGCAGGGAACGGGGCCGCUGGCUUUUCUCCGAGAAGUUCCCGUCUCGGUCCGAGAAACCCCAACGCUUGGAACAAUGGAGAGCUUGCUUGGAGACGGAGUGAAGGGGGCGCCAGAGAACAGGACGGCUUCCGCGAAUGCGGCCGUAGACGACCCUCCCGUCCUUCAGCCACACUUUCUUCAGCCGUCUGGGACGAAUCAGGGAGCCGCGGCGGGUGAGGGAGUUCGGAAGAUCGGUCGACGUGUCUCCUCGCCUCCGAGUCCUGGCUACCGCUCCAGUCCUCGGGUCUACCGGUCAAGCCCUCCCGGUGCGACAGCCGGUUUGAUCCAGGCGCCCACUCAACCAAGCGGCCACCCAGAACUACCACGCCGCGGAAUUAGCGUGCGGAGAGUGUCGUGUGAAGUGGGUGUCAACGGGUUCCGGAGUCAACGGGAAGAGCAAGAACAGCGAGCCGUAGCGGAGGCUACUAGAGAAAGCAGCACGUUGGAGCGUCUUAAGCAAGAGCUGGAAUUGAUGAGCCGAUCGAAACUUCUCAAAGACCUGGAGACCAUCAAAAAAGAAAAGGAGUCCCAACAUUUCACCACUCUCCUAGAACGUAAAAGCAGCCGAUCGACACCGCCAGAACACCGGCCCACUACCGCCAACUCCACCGGACUCACACCUACCGGGUCGGUACCCGUCGGGUCCGCACCCGUCGGGUCCGUAUCUGAUGCAGUCGUACGAGAUGCAGUCGUACCUGACGCAGUCGCGCCUGACGCAGUCGUGCCUGAUGCAGUCGCGUCUAACGCAGUCGAGCCUGCUUUACAGCCCCUAGCCUUCCCCCAUGCCGGAGCCUCCCCGAGUGAAAAAUCCACCCCUGUAGCCGAUUCCUCAGCCACUUCCGUUCCGGACCAGCCCUUGCAACGAAAGAGCUCACCCAUUACGUCGUCAUGGAGCCGGUCCAACACCGUGGUCUCAGACUUCGGCAUCGAGGGCUUGUACAAAAUACCGCCCAGCCGUACAGGCUCGUUGAGCCGCACUGGUUCAGUUACGGGCUCUCUCAGCCGCACAGGCUCCGUGCGAAGCAAUAGCGUUCGGCAGUGGGCCUUGAAGCAGUUCACGGGAUCUGGUCUUAGUCCCAGGUCAGCGGUCAAUGGGGCCGGCCCGAGUGCGGAUACUCUAUAUCAUUCCAUAAGUGACUUCGGAAGCAACCUGCCUUCCGCUCGGGCGGAUACCGGUCGUUCCGUGGAGUCGUACCAGACAGGCCGGACGUUUGGAACCAGCGUGUUUUCGCAGGUCGCCGAAUUUAAUCGAAGUCGUUCCAUGUCCCCGUUUAAUACCAUGGGUGGUCUAUUCGACCCUCCGGCGGAGUUUGAGAGUCCUACGAAGUUUGAGAGUCCUACUAAGUUUGAGAGUCCAAAAGAAUUAAGUCCAAAAGAAUUGAGUCCGAGUGACUUGGGCACCAGUUUCCCUGGCACGCUACCCGCACGACGUGACUCCUUGAAUGCGUCGGUCAGGAGCCGGUAUGAGAGUUUGAUGAAGCGGCUGGGGCAAAGAAGUAAGUUGAUCGAGCCGCACGAGCUUUGGUUUAUCAACCGACGGAACGGGGAGCCGAUCGCGUCCGGUAAGUUCGUCUCGAGCGGAAGGUAUCGAAGUGAAAGCCCGGAUCCCCGAUACGCUAUUCAGUCGGGAACUUAUGGAGUGGUAUAUGAGGGUCGGUUUUUGGGCGAGAAGGUCGCGAUAAAAAUCCCGAAUCCGACCACGACAGGUCUGGGGUCGGUAUCAGGACCGGUUGUGGAGCCGGAUGCGUUGUCAAAGAAAUUGGGUGUGGUUCGGGUGGACGUGAACGAGGCUAUGGAGACGCUUUUGCACGAAGUGGAGAUCAUGUUGGAUAUUCCUGCUCACUCGAAUCUAGUCAACUUGGUCGGUGUUUGUCGGGAAGGAUUUUGGAUGGUAUUGUCGUAUGCUGAUGGUCCUGAUCUUCUGGGAGCAUUACGAAUAAGCAGUGCACCCAAGGUGUAUGACAUUAUGCUUUCUACCGCCAUGGCGUUGGCAUAUCUUCAUAAUGGCUUGAAUCCGAGAGUGGUCGUGCAUCGAGAUGUCAAACUUGAAAAUAUCAUUCUCUCUAGCCAAACGGGUAUCAAACUGUGCGAUUUUGGCACAGCUGUCAUCGGCACACACGACUUCUACCCUCCCAUCAAUACCGCCACCUGGUAUUAUGUACCUCCUGAGGUCCUCACCGCAGCCGCGAACACGAAAAUAACGCAUAAUGGAGACCAUAGGUUUGUUCCACCACAGAACAUCUUCACCGAACAUGGACCCCUCGGUGGUCCUGAAUGGGAUGCCUGGAGUCUUGGCUGCGUUAUUGUCGAGCUACUCGGACACAAACAUCCCUUCGCCCAUCUCACUCCUGACCCAUCCGAUGAACCUCAGGUCUUCGCUAAUUUUGCCCAUGCGGUACACUGCCAUAAAUUUGUGCCCCGACUUCCGAAUACCAUCACCAAACCACUCCUCAAUCUCAUUGUCGGACUCCUGCACCCCGAACCCAAUCAGCGACUCAAUUUAGCCCUAGUCGUCAGGGCGUUGAAGGCUGACAAACAAGGCUAUGUAUCCAGCAUCCACCACGCUCUUAACACGACCAAACACUGA